ACUACUUAACUAUUGGUCACGUGACCAAUAGACUACACUCAUAAGACCAGAGAUACUUCAUUAUCUGAUUCUCUCCUCCUCUUCCUCAACUUCUCUUGUCUGGUCUCCAUUGACACGAUUGAGUGUUACGAUUAGGAAAGACACAUUCAUUUACUGAAGCGAUUUUCAUCUUUCAUCAGUUUUUAAAUGGCGUCUCCCCGUAAGAGGAAAAGGAAGCAAGGCGAUGUAUCAUUGGAUGAGGUUUCAUCUAAAAGAUCCUCCAAAGGCUGCGACCGGAAGUCUUGUCUCAUGACGUACUGCGAUCCUCCGCCAUUUUGUUUUUGUCACGCUACGGAAAAGUGUGCAAAAGAUGGUCACACUUCAAGAUGGUACCAUCUAUCAGCUGGUCAACAUUACUGCAACGAAUGCUUUGAACACUUUUAUAGGAGUCACAAGCCUGGUCAUAAGUUAUACGAGCAGUGGUCCUCAAUUUGGGAGAGAGAAGCAGGAGAUACCCUUCCCCCGAGAGCCAGCCAGUUCAUGGCGGACAUGUGGCUUCCUAUAUGGGUCCAGUGCACUAACGAGGGGUGUGGUCACUGGCGUAAACUCCCCGCCCACAUCGAACUCCAUCAUGUUAAACUCGACGUAGUCAAGUGUAGUGACUGUAGUCUUGACGAAGACCCAAUUGCUCUGAUGGCUAUGGAUCCGUUGUGGGUCCAUUCGAUCAGUUACAGUCCGUUGCUGAGAUAUUGUGAGCCACUGGCCUCGUUACUAGUUGAAUAUUACCCUGACGGUGUUGGUAUCAGCCCAACCACUGUUUGUAUACAAAGAAAUAAACAACAACAACAACAACAACAACAACAACAACAACAUGAAGAGUCGUCAACAAGUGGAGGCGGAAUUGCUAAUGGAGAGGCCCUCAAGAAAGAGGAGGGGAAAGAGGAAGUUGAAGACACUGUUGUUCCGUCCUAUGAUUGGUUGCAUCCUUUUAAUCACCCGAAGGAGGGGCCAAGGGGUGGGGCAUUAACUCCUGAUACUCUAGAGCCGUGUGAAUCCAAGACCUUUCCUGAGUGGAGCAAGUCUCCAGCACUUGAUGUAUACCUCAUAAUGCGAAACAUUGCUCUCUCACUGUGGUACAGUAACAAUACACAGCUAGUAACGGCCAGCAGGUGCAUGGACCUGGUGAGAUUACGUGGCACUGUUAGAAUAUGGAUAUCGUCUCAAUACGAGCGAGUUAUCCACUUUCUGUCAAGAAGAGGUUACAUUAAUUGUGGAUUAUUAUCCAUAGAACGCCCACUGGCUUCGAUGCAUUCAGUUAAUAAACAAUCAGUUAUAAUAAUUGGGGGAGGUCCUUCAGGUCUUUCUGCUGCUAGACACUUGGCUAAUUUUGAUUAUCAAGUCACUAUACUGGAGGCAUCAAAUAGAAUAGGUGGGCGUGUACACGACGUUAACAUCUUUGGUCAGAAUGUUGGACAGGGUGCCAUGUUUAUCACUGGUGUCAUUAAUAAUCCAUUGACGCUUUUAUCAAGGCAACGGGGCUACACGAUCCGCCUAGUGAAAGAAGACAAGUGUGAACUGAUACUGGAGCGGUCUGGUCUCUUUGCUGAAGGAGAGGUUGAUAAGAGGGUAGAGAAACAGUUCAACGCAUCUCUUGAUCGCCUUGCUGAAUGGAGGAAUAAGAAUAAUAAUUAUACUGACGACUCUUUAGAAAAUAAAUUGUCAGAGCUUCAUUCUCAAUUACUCACUGAGGAAGGCUACACUUAUACUCAAGACGAGAGAGGACUCUUUGAUUUUCACUUGAGUAAUCUUGAGUUUGCUUGUGGAGCUCAUUUAAGUGAAGUCUCUGCCUGUCAUUGGGAUCAUAAUGAUGCUUUCCCUCAGUUUGGAGGAGCUCAUGCUCUUGUCCAGUCAGGACUAGCUCAAUUGGUCCGUGAGCUGUUACCAGUUGAGACUCAGUUGCUGCUUAAUUCACAAGUGUGCCAUAUUGAUGCUAGUAGUGAGGAUAAUCCCGUGAUUGUUAAGUGUAGGAAUGGCAAUGAAUAUACUGCAGAUAAGGUUAUUGUGACCGUUCCAUUGUCCAUUCUUAAAGAUAAGACGAUCAAGUUCACUCCUUCCUUGUCACCUGCUAAACAAAAAGCAAUCGAGAGAAUUGGAGCUGGACUCGUGGAGAAGGUUACGCUAACUUUUAAAACUCCUUUUUGGAAGGAGAAAAUUGGAAAUGCCGAUAUAUUUGGUCAUAUACCACUAUCGACUGAGAAGCGUGGCCUAUUUAGCGUCCUGUACGAUAUAUCCCCAGUUCCACCUACCAUUAAUGACUCCUCAAUUAAAAAUGAAGGACCAGUUGCUCCUACUCCUGUGUAUAUGUUAAUGAUGACAGUUAGCGGUGAAGCUCUCAAGCUUUAUUACACACUCAGCGAGACUGAGAUCAAAGACGAGGCGAUUUCCGUUCUCAAGUUUCUAUUCCCAGACCAGACGGUACAGGAACCGGUCUCUGUCCUCUGUUCACGUUGGGGGAAUGACCCGUUCGUUAAGAUGUCCUAUUCGUAUGUGUGUGUGGGCGGGGCAAGCGAGGAUUACGAUGUAAUGAGUGAAGAGGAGGGGAAUGGAAGGAUUCAUUUUGCAGGAGAAGCCACCAAUAGAUGGUAUCCACAAAGCGUUACAGGUGCUUACAUUAGUGGAGUUAGGGAGGCUUGUAAAAUCAUAGAGUCCGAUUUUUUUAGCUCAAAAAUUCAUAACAACAAAUGAACUACUAUGAAUUGUUAUUUAUUGAUAAUUAUUAUUAUUAUUGCUGUUUCACUUUAAAUUUUUGAUGCACAUUGUAAAUAUUUUUUCGACCAUUUUUUCUUAUGGAGGCGAUUUUAAUUUUACUAGUAA